AUGUCGCUCCGCGACGCCCUCCCCACUAACUCGACGCCACAGCCUGCUCCUUCUUUCGCCGCUCCAACGUCUCUCAACCAUAUUAGGAUUGAAGCAUACUUCGCAAUUGCAUACUGUAGUCUCUUAUUAUACUAUUGGAUGCUCCGACUGGACAAGGAGGUGAAAUAUUUCUGGUCUGGGCAAUUAUCUACCGUUAGCGUUAUCUUCUAUGCGAACCGAUGUAUCGGAGUAAUAGGAGCUGUUUCACAUGUCGUCUUCAACGGGUUCCGAAGACAAACCGCUGUGAUGUGUACGUUGCAAUUUGUCAGCGCUACUCAUAUUGUCGCUGAGUCGAAUCCAGGUCAUGUCACAUUCUGGAUUUUGAUACUAACCAAUUGGCUCACAAUCGUUCUACUUGACUACAUCCUCAUCAUGCGUAUCACAGCAUUGUACGGACAAAAAGGCAAGGUCCUGGACGUGUGUCUGAAAGCACUCCUUUUUGUCGAGUCAUCUGCCGCUCUCGGUGUUCUCGUUUACUUCACUCAUAUGGAAGAUGUCCAUUCAGCUAAGAUCGCAGAAGGCAUGACAAUUUGUGUCUUGCGCAUUUUCCCUCCUCGAGAGUUGGCGAUCGCUUGGGCAUUACCAACUCUGAACGGGUUCCUUCUACUCUGUUUAACGCUCUACAAGGCAGCUGAGUACUCUAGACGCUCAGCGGGCUUUAGAGGGUUUGACAUCGUCAGAAUCAUUGCCCAGGAUCAAACGAUAUACUUUUGCUGCCUUAUUGUAAUUUCUGUUCUGAGAAUAGCGUCCUUUACUGUCAAGAGCCAUCUCGUCGCAAUCGUCCUGGUCUCUGCUUCGAAUCCCGCGUCCCUGUGUAUACUUGGAGAUCAGCUCCUCAUCAACUUGAAAGAAGCAGGUUCCCGAAUUCUAGGCGGCAGCAUAAGUUACUGGAAUGAUGAUGUUGAGGAAUCUACCAAUCGCUUGGGCUUAUUCUCGCGUCUCGAGUUUCAUGAUGUUACGACUUCUCUGGCAUCCUCGUUUUAUGCCACGGACCGAUGGAGUACUGGCAUUGGUAAUCAGUCAUCACGUUCUAACCACGGAACACUUCUGGCCUCUUCGUUUCGGUAUCCUUCGAUGGCGAUUGUAAAGUGUCGUUUGCUUACCUCGCAACUUCCCUCCUUGCCUAUUCCGAUCCGAAUCCUAGUCCUGCUUGGGCUAAUCGCGUUUGGUUCGUCUUGGACGAUUUUCUUCUCAUUUUCUACUGCGAUGAAGUCCGCUUUAGUUGAGAGCUUCGCUGAUCGUGACGAUACCGAUGGAAUAUGGAACGAAAAAGAACCUUUGAGGGGCCUGUUUCAGAUUACACAGGACGAGCUAGCUUGA